AUGUCUGGCAUGACCAGCGACUCGCAGCUGUUCGAUGAGCACUUCACCAUCACAGCAAGCGACCAAUCCAAAUAUGACCGAGUGUCUCGUAUCAGCGCAACGUCCCAAGACUCGCAAACAACCUUUGCUCUCGAUAUCAACACAGAGCUCUUUCCAUGCGCCGUCGGUGAGCCACUGCACAUGGUUUUGGCCAGCACCCUCUCGUUGGAUGGGAGCAAAGAUGACAACAAAGGCUGGAGAGACGUCGGCCGAAGUGGACAAGGUGGCGAAGCGACACUUGCGGACCUGUUUGACUACGUCUGCCAUGGCAAGAUCUACAAGUUCGAGGAUGGGGAUGAUGGAAAUAUAAUCAAAUGUUAUGUAUCUUUCGGCGGGCUUUUAUUAGCACUGGAGGGGCCCUACAAGAAGCUCACUCCAUUGCGGGUGGAUUACAUCUAUCUGCUUAUUAAGAAAUGA